AUGACCGCCGCUCCCAUCGAUCAUGGCGCCCUCGAAGCGCUCCUCGACUCAUCUCGCAUCGGCAUCUUGGACGGUGGACUGGCCACCUACCUCGAGGAUGGCCUCAACUUUGAUCUCUCCAAAGGUCCGCUGUGGAGCGCACGGUUGCUCGACGAAAAAGAGCCGGAUGUGAGCAACGGGAAAGGACAAAAGGGCAUCUUUGAUGCGCAUCUCCACUAUCUACAAGCUGGCGCAGGUAUCAUCGGCACUGCCACCUAUCAAGCCUCGCUCGAGUCCUUUGCAAGGGCCAAUUACGAUCAGCCUUCCGCGUCUCAUCUCAUGUCAAAGGCGGUCGACUUGGCGUGUCAAGCAGUCCACUCUUACAAUGAUGGCAGCGCGGCAGCAUCAACCUCAACACCGCAACCCAUCAUCAGCCUCAGCUUGGGUCCUUACGGCGCCAUGCUCAGCAACGGAGCAGAGUACACUGGCGACUAUCGACCUACCUUCCUCCCCGAGUCCGACCCACAACGAGAGCAGCAGCCUUCGCUCGAGCAGAUGGCCGCUUUUCACCAGAGACGUAUUGAGGCGUUCAUCGCGCAGCCCAGCUGGCAGGACGUCGGAGUUUUGGCGCUCGAGACGGUGCCGCGAGCCGACGAGGCGCUCGCCUUCCGAAUGGCAUUGGAGAACAUUGCGAGAGCGCACCAACAGCAGGGCAGGUCAUUGGACAGGAAGCCGGUGUACAUCAGCAUGGCUUUUCCAGAUGACCGACGUCUGCCUUGGCCCCCUCUCAAGCUCAGCUCUGCUGUCGAUCAGCAAGGCGAUAUUGACAUGAGCCAGGAGGACGAUGCGGACGACGACGACGACGCAGCCGACGAGGAAGGAGCUGUACAAGAGGAGAUGAACUGGCUAGUUCAGAUCGUCACCGAUACACAGGUGCAAGGUCAGGAUUCGCUUUGGCCCAUCAGCGGCAUCGGCAUCAACUGCACCAAGCCCUACCUGCUGCCCAAGCUAACACAUCGCAUGUCGGCCUCGCUCGCGACACUCAAUCGGCCCGCUAGCCAAGGCGGAAUGAAUCUCGAAAGCAGAAGGAACGCGGCGGGACUGCACAAGCCACUGCUCUUCCUCUAUCCAGACGGAGGACUCGUGUACGACGCUGUGCGAAAGAUCUGGCUUACACCGUCCAAUGCAGGUGACCUGGGCGGCGAUAAUUCGGCAGCGUCGUGGGCAUCAAAUUUGAUGAAGCUGGCCAAAAGCAUCACCUCGGCAAGCGAUGCCAACCUGCCAGAUGUCUGGAGGGGCGUCUUUGUAGGUGGUUGCUGCAAGAGUGGCACAGACGAGAUUCGCGCCCUCUGCCAGUGCCGCUCGAGUUAG